GCAUCAAACACACACACACCAGGUGACUCCCUCCAUCACACACACCUCACACCUCACAUCUCCUUCUCCAUUCACUGAGGUUCUUCCCUGAAGAAGAAGAAGAAGAAGAAGAUGCCCCUGCAGUCCACUCUGUCCGGCGGGAGCUCAGGCUCCACCAAGGCCUUGGACACACAGUCAGACGGGAAGUCGUUUGAGCAGCUCAGGCAGGAGUGUCUGCAGAGGGGGGUCCUGUUUGAGGAUCCAGACUUCCCCGCCACCGACUCGUCGCUCUUCUUCAGCCAGUCUGUGCCCGUACAGAUUGAAUGGAAGAGGCCCACGGAGCUCUGCCACAACCCGAAGUUCAUCGAAGGCGGCGCAGACAGGACGGACAUUUGCCAAGGACAGCUUGGGGACUGCUGGCUCCUGGCAGCCAUUGCAUCCUUGACCCUCAAAAAAGACACCCUGACCCGAGUCGUCCCCCACGACCAGGACUUCGAAAACAAAUACGCCGGCAUCUUUCACUUCCAGUUCUGGCAGCACAACAAAUGGCUGGACGUCGUGGUGGACGACAGGCUGCCGUCGGUGAGAAAUCAACUCAUCAUGCUUCACUCCGCCUCCAACAACGAGUUCUGGAGCGCCCUGUUGGAGAAGGCCUACGCCAAACUGCACGGCAGCUACGAGUCCCUGAAGGGCGGCAGCACAAUGGAGGCCAUGGAGGAUUUUACCGGAGGUGUGGGGGAGAUAUACGACACAAAGAAAGCCCCAGACAACCUGUUCACCGUCAUGAAGAAGGCCCUGGACAGAGGCUCCAUGAUGGGAUGCUCUAUAGACAUCACCAGCUCUGCAGAGUCUGAGGCCAAGACCACCACGGGCCUGGUGAAGGGACAUGCGUACUCCAUCACAGGCCUGGAAGAGGUGAAUUCUGGAGGAAGGAAGGUCCAGCUGAUCCGCAUCAGAAACCCCUGGGGUCAGGUCGAGUGGAACGGCCCCUGGAGUGACAACUCCAGGGAGUGGAAUUACAUCGACAGGGCGGAGAAAAAUCGCGUCUUGCAGAACUCGUCAGACGACGGAGAAUUCUGGAUGGAGUUUGAGGACUUUAAGAGGAACUACGACAAGGUGGAGAUCUGCAACAUGACCCCGGAUGACCUGAACGACAGCACAAAGCGCCACUGGGAGGUCAACAUGUUCGAGGGGAACUGGAUCCGCGGCUCCACCGCAGGAGGCUGCAGGAACUACAUCGACACGUUUUGGACCAACCCUCAGUUCAAGCUGAAGCUGGAAGACGCUGAUGAUGAUGACGAUGUGUGCAGCGUGGUGAUCGCUCUGAUGCAGAAGAACAGACGAAAGCUGAGGAAGGAAGGCCUGGACUUGGAGACCAUCGGCUUCGCAGUGUACGAGGCUCCAGAGAACGAGGACCACACCGGGAAAGAUUUCUUCCGUUACCAUGCGUCCAAGGCUCGCAGCAGGACCUACAUCAACAUGCGAGAGGUGUCCGAGCGCUUCACUCUGCCUCCGGGGAACUACCUGCUGGUUCCCACCACCUUUCAGCCCCACCACGAGGCCGACUUCCUAGUCAGGAUCUUCUCAGAGAAGAAGGCUGGAGCUCUGGAGAUGGGGAGCGAAGUUGAUGCUGACCUCCCAGAUCCGCCUCCACCCAGCGCUCCAGAGGAGGAAACAGACGAGGAGAAGGGCCUGAGGAGGCUGUUUGAUCAGCUGGCCGGUCCGGACAAAGCUAUCUCUGUCAGAGAGCUCCAGCAGAUGCUCAACGGCGUUCUCAGCAGACGAAAAGAGAUCAAGUUUGAUGGCCUGACCCUCAGCACCUGCCACAGUAUCAUCAACCUGAUGGACGUGGACAACACAGGCAAGAUGGAGUUCCAGGAGUUCAAGGUCUUCUGGGAGAAGAUGAAGAAGUGGAUCAUGCUCUUCUUGUCGUUUGACACCGACCGCUCGGGGAAGAUGUCGUCCUACGAGCUCCGCAGCGCCCUCAAAGCUGCAGGCAUGCAGCUCAACAACAAGCUCCUGCAGCUGAUCGGCCUGAGGUUUGCUGACGAGAACUACGACAUUGACUUCGACGACUACCUCACCUGCAUCGUCCGUCUGGAGAACAUGUUCAGAGUUUUCCAGGCUAUGGAUAAAUACAAGAGGGGACGUGUGAACGUGAACAUCAUGCAGUUCCUGAUGUUGGCGAUGAAUGUCUGAGGAGUCGCUGAGAGCAACCAGAAGCCACCAGAAGAACAAAACUCAAUGGCGGAUGUCGGAGUGCAGUGUGUUGAAAUACAAUCCGAAAUUAUGAAUAUGAACACGCGUUUUAUUUGUCAUGUUUCACAUGCUUUUGAGCAAAUAAUGUAAGGUACUGCCUGCGUUGAAGUACUGACAUGGGGAAUCAGAUGUUAUAUUUGUGGACUUAACACUUUUGGACAAAACUUUGUUUUAUUUUCUCUGCUGUCUGCAUGUAUGGAAAUAAAUUUUGAGUAAAA